AUGGAAAGAUUUUUCAAAAGAAAAUCAAAGUCUGAGUUAGUGGAGUCGUCACCUGCAAAGAGUCAAAAGAAAAAUGAAAGUAGUCCAAACCAAACUACGGAAGUUAACUCGGAAAAUCUGCCAUCUGAUCCCGGAUUACGUAAUCAAAUAUUGAGUUACCAUCCAAAUGUUCGAGACCAAGUUCGAAGAGCUUAUCUCCAAAAAGGUCUUUGUCAACCUCGAGGGCAUAAUUUUCCUUACAAAAAUUUUGGAGCAAAACAAAGACGAUUUAAUCCUGGUUGGUUUAGUGAAUUUCCUACUUGGUUAGAGUAUAGCAUAGAAAAAGAUGCUGCCUUUUGUCUAUGUUGUUAUAUCUUUAAACCUGAUGUUGGAGAGCAAUCUGGUGGUGAAUCUUUUGUUGGUGUUGGAUUUUCGAAUUGGAAGAAAAAAGAUAGACUACAAAUUCAUGUUGGAGGACCGAAUAGUGCCCACAAUAAGGCUUGGAGAAGUUGUGAGGUCUUAUUAAACCAAAAGCAGCAUAUUGAAACAAUUCUCUCAAAACACUCAAACCAAGAUCGAAUUGAUUAUCGAACUCGUUUAGGUGCAUCAGUUGGUGUCAGUAGGAUACUUUUGCAACAAGGGCUUCCAUUUCGUGGGCAUGAUGAAUCUGAAAAUUCAACCAAUCAAGGGAAUUUUCUUGCAUUUUUACGAUGGCUAUGUCGUUUCAAUGAUGAUAUAAAAGCUGUCACGCUAAAAAAUGCUCCUGAAAAUAUGAAGUUGACAUCACCUGAUAUCCAGAAGGACAUUUCAAGUGCUAUUUCAACUGAAAUUAUCAAUGCAAUCAUAAGGGAUAUUGGUGAUUCAUUAUUUGCCAUUCUUGUUGAUGAAUCGUGCGACAUGUCUUCAAAGGAGCAGAUGGCAAUUGUGCUACGUUAUGUGGAUAAAGGUAAGGUAAUUGAACGUUUUGUAGGUAUUGUGCAUGUUACAGAUACUAAAUCUUCUUCCCUCAAGUUAGCCGUUGAUGAUUUCUUUUCGAGACAUGGAUUAAGCAUCUCUAGAUUGCGAGGGCAGGGUUAUGAUGGCGCAAGUAAUAUGAGAGGUGAGUUUAGUGGUCUUAAAACACUCAUUCUAAAUGAGAAUGACUCUGUUUUUUAUGUUCAUUGUUUUGCUCAUCAACUUCAGCUAGCUUUGGUAGCUGUGGCAAAGAAACAUUCAGAAAUUGCAGAUUUAUUUACUAUGGUUUCUAAUGUGGUGAAUGUUGUGGGUGCAUCUGCUAAGCGCCGUGAUAUGCUGAGAGAAAAGCAUGCUGAUGUAAUUUUUGAAGCACUCAAUAAUAAUGAACUCUUAAGUGGACAAGGCCUGAAUCAAGAAACUAAUCUUAAGCGGUCUAGUGAUACACGAUGGAGCUCUCAUUAUAAUUGUUUAAUUAGUUUGAAAAACAUGUUCCCAUCUGUGAUAGAUGUGCUUAAGAUUGUAAGAACAGAUGGAUCAGGUUACGAACAAAAAUUUUAA